AUGGAGGAAAAGAAUGUCUUAGAAAGUGCAUUUGAGUGGAUUUGUGAAUGUGGGGCUUUUGAGCAGCUUAGAAAGCAAUGUGAACAAUACACAAAAGAUUUUACGGUAAGCCUAGCUCCGCAUUUACAUCCCGAAAGCUCAAGUUUAAAGAGUGGAAUGGUGAACAAAUUUGGAUUGUACUGUAAACUCAAGCUUACUUACUGUGUAAUCUACGGAAUUAAGAAAUAAUAAGAAAACUUAUUCCAUUGAAGAACUUCCACUGUCUUAGCAUCAUGUACAUGGCUAAUUAAACCACUAACUCUUCUCAGUUUUUAUUCUUGAUCAGGAAAAAAGUGUUUACAGAUUUGUUCUUAACAUGGACUUGAUGUAUCUGCUAGACUUUAACGGUAUGUAAGUUAUGUAUGCAUAAACGUCUUGACAGAACCGUAUAUCGAGACCUGAUUUCAUCCAGCUUUGAAUUCUCUAAUCUUUAAAAUCUAAAAAUAAAAGAUAGACAAUGUAAACUUAUUUCCAUCCUUCCUGAAUAGUGAAUACUUUUAACGCAUUGUUAAAGUUAUAUGACCAUUUAUGGGCAAACUUAACCUAAUUCAAUCUGGAGUGUCGAUUUAUCUCUUUUUAAUAGCUGAAAUUGGAAAUAUGGCCAUACACGAACCAUUGAAUUGCAUCAAUUUAUUUCAAGAGGUAAGAACUUAACUAAUUUAAUUUAUAAACGAAGAGAAAGAGUUUUAUAAUAGAAAACAUGGUUUGUCAUUAGGCCUUGAGGGGCGGGUGUAAAAAUGGUAAGAGUGAAUAGGAAUGAACGGAUAUUCACUGGCGCUCGCUAUCAGUUGGCUUUGUAAACUAGAGUUACCUCUUUCGAGAGGAUUUAUCCGUAGAAUAAAAUGUGUAAAAUGUAUGAAGUUGCUUUGACCUCUUUUAUAGCAGACUAAUAAAAUUCUAUUGUAGGUUUGUUAUGUUAUUAUUCACACGCUGUCGUGGAUUCCAAAUUUACUGUACCCCUCUCAAGUUGUUGCCAUUGUCAGAUUUUCUUCCGUUUCACCAUCUAAAGAGUAAGUAGUUUUUUAAUGAGUUACCACCAAACUACCUUGUCUGUAAAAGUUACCACUAGCUGGCAUGGGUUGAUAUGCAGUGACGGAUGCGUGCAGACCUCCAGAUAAGGGGGAGGCCCGGUCAUUCAGACCAUGAGAAAUUUUUUUUUUCGGCCCGUCGGGCCUCCGUUUGGUUUAAAAAUAAAGGGGAAGGCCCGGGCUCCCCGGGCCCCUCCCCUGGAUUCGCCACUGAUUUGUAAUCAUCAUAUGUUAUGUAUCCGUCUUUAGAAUGAACUAGUUCUGUUGUGACGAUUCCAAACAAAACUAAAGCAUCGAUACAUCUGAUCCUAUACAUGAGAGAGACUUCACUGAUGCUUUUAAAAGUAAACGGAACUAAAAUCAGUUGUGGAAUUGCAUUUGUUUCGGUAUCCUACUGAUCAACAGUAACGGACUAUCAGAUAUUUCCUGAUUACUUUACAGCUUUCUCCAGCUGUAUGGCAGUGCAGUACUGUAGCAAUCAGACGUAAUUUAGUCUGCGAAACUGCCGAGAUCAGAGCGCCAAAGUGCUUAUGGGCAGAGCAUGAGUUAUCCGCUUCUUUUUUUGUUUCUUCUUGAUUUUGAAGGAUACAUUGUUUCACAGCCGCUUGAAGUAACUUAACUUCUGAUACUUUUAAUUAACAGGUGCAUAAGCAUUAAGAACUUUGCUGGACAUGGCCAUCCGAAUCUAGUAAAGAUUGUCGGCAUUGUUAGUGGAAUGACGGCAGUUACAAAAUAUACGUAAGUAAGGAAGAGAAGUUUCCUGGUGAAACUAUCACAGGGGCUUAUUAUGAAAUUAAAUCAUAAUGUUAGAAACGUUUUUAACAAGGAACAGGAGAAGAAGACUUGGCUCCGUAUAUCUCCAAGUCUGCCACACAGGAGCGUUGCGAGGCGACAUGAGGAACGGCUGUACAGCAGACUCGAUAUAUCUCCAAGAAUUCUUAAGCUUAAGAUAAUUGAAUUCCAAACGUUAUAAAAGCGAUGGUGAUCAGAAACGUUAUUUUCUACUUAUUUUUGUUUUCCUGCUAUUAUGAUAUACUAGUCAAAGUGCGAGGUUCUAUUGUCCCCAGUCCACCUGUUUGGGUUCAGAGAAACACUGUUAUAUUCGAGUACAUUUAGCUGGGAAAACCGAGGACGUGACCGUCAGGUAGGCUUAAACACUGUCAUGUUUCCGUUCAUUCCUCUAUCAUUGUUAAUAUUAAUUAUUUUGUUAUGCAUAGUUCUUAGCCUCCUCACACAUCAAGAAAUUUCGAAAAUAAGAAAAGAAGUGAUCAAACAAGAUUCCUGAAUAAAUGUACUUACAGUCCUUCCAGGGAAUCAGAAGAAUUAACCAAUGCAGACCACAUUUUAGUGGAAACAUGCUGAGUGUUCAUUAAAUGAUAUGACAAUAAGCCACUUCCGAGUUCCAAAAACCUUCACUUUCAAAAUGAGGCUAGGUGCACAACCUUUCUUGUGAAAAUGAGUUUUAUUUGCAUGAGAAUGAAAAAUUAUUUCCAUAUCAAAGGCUGAGCACUUAACAUGGUUUUGAUACAAAGGCCCGGGAGAACUCGGAAAUGGCCUAUUACUCUAGAUGCCAAACGGCAAACCGUUGAAAGCGCUGAUGUGUAUUUUUGGUAAAAAACAAAAGAAAGAAAGCUGACAUAUACCGACUUAACUAAAAUUUGUUCUUUUUAUUUUAGAAAGGACUUUGAGUGUCGUUACUGUGGGUGUCCCCUUAAUGAAGACGUCACUUGCCGUAUCUUGGCAGGUAAUAAGCCAAAUGCUGUGUAGAGAAUACUACUUAUAGGUAGCAUAACAAACGAAACAUCAAAAAUUACAACAAGAAAACUGUGACAAUACAAUUUAGCUGUGAUUUUUUUUUCAGAUAAACGUAUCAUACAGGUAUUAUGUCCCUUGGCGCUUGACAAGAGGCUGUGGAUGAACAGCCAGGGUCGCAUUUACCAAACCAUUCCUCUGUAUGUUAGAGGUAAGGAAACAGAGUUCCCAAUGAAAUUAAAGUUUCUCCAACAUAAAUUAGUUAUAACGUAUAGUUCUAAUGACACUGUUAGUAUUAUGACGUCCGCACGAUCAUCUUCAUUUUACGGCAAAGUGUUACGUGUGCGACGUCCUUGCACCAUCGUCGUCAUUGUAUUCAAAUUGCCACGCAUUAUCAUUGUUAUUUGCGGCAAUCGACGCAAGAAAUGUAGAAAAUACACCGGCUUGGAAUUCGGAACCAGCAAAUCAGGCUUGAUUGUGACUCUUUUCUGUUAGUAGUUUAUGCGGCACAUUAAAAAUUGCGUCGUCUUGACGUCGAUGAGUCUUGUUGGACUUACUUAUGACUUAUCUACUCCGCUACUUAAAUGGUCAUGGUUAGCUUGCGUAACAAGCGCUUUCAAUUGAAUUAUUGCGCGAAAUUUGGAAAUAGCAACAAAAAUAUUAAGAAAGGGGGAGUGGGAGGGGAGAAGACCUUCAUUUUCUCCCCUCCCCUCCCCCCUUAUCCCUAUUUUUUGCUCUCGUCCUAACUUUCUAAACGAACUCGCACAGAAACGUUUGCUAUGCAGGUCAUGGUCAGACUUAAGUAGUCUGACUUCACCAAGUUCCCGGAUAACACCGUACUUGCCAGCUAGACUGGCGUGGGCUAACUUGAACUGACGUGUAGGUCAUUAUUAGAUUAUUAUUCAUAGCUAGUUAAAAUAUAUAAGGUUAAUGAUAAAAUUCAUAAGUGAAACAAAAAACAUAAUAAAUCUGAUAUUUCUGCGAUUGGGCUGGACGUGUUUUUUCUUUAUUCUUUAAAAUAAAGUGUGUCACUGAAGAGUGGACAUGGGCUUGAGCUUCAAGUGAAAAGAGACGAUGGUCUACAGGAUGUCCACAUUGCUAGGGCAUCCACAUAUGUUGUAAAGAACAUUAAAUAUACUUCUUACGACUAAGCAGCUUUUGUGUUUCAUUUUUUCCCUUUUAACAGAUGAGCUUAUCAAAGACGUCCAAAUUGGUUGUCACUACUCAUUUGUUGUUUUGCAGUCUUGUGAAAUUCAUGAAUGUUCUGGGCAGUUUUUAUGCACUCCUGUAUUUGAGGUGAAUUGCUUACAACUAUGUCUAGGGGUUUUUGCUCGGUUUAUUCUUUCCUUGUUUGAAAAAUGAGCACGUGUUAACUCACAAGUUCGAUGAGAAACUAAGUGUGAUUAACCAGUGCUUUAGACUGAUUGCUUGCUGUACAUUUAUUUUGUUUUGCUUAUUCGUCCUUGAGGACUGCCAUUAUCACUUGACUAAUAAAUGUUUAAAUAUUUUUGCAGGCAAAUAAUAUAGAAAAGGUAGGUGAAAUUAUGAAUAUUAAAGUUUUCUUGUGCUACACAUAAUUUUAAAGACAGUCUUGGUGCCGUCAUUAUAAAAGAAUCACAUCUGUUAAUAUAGGUUUAGAAAAAUCAUCAAGCAGCGAUCUUUCUUAACCCGCUGUUUUCUCUUUUGGUAACAUCUUUUCCUGUUUAAGUGUCCCAGUUACAUGUAUGAGUCUUUGAAUGGUGUCUUCUGUCUAUUUUGUUCUUUAUAACUACUGAAGCAAUAUGUGCGAGAGUGCUUUUACUUGAAGCGUGAAACAGAUACUAACAAAUAGUGCCAAAUAGCAAGAUGCAAACAGAAGAAUACAAUGGAAUUAGUGCAUAAUAGUGCGUAGUAUUCUACUACCUAUUCUCUUCACAGGUCAAGUAAAAUCACUCUAAUUUCAGAAAAUGGUAAGACUGUUACUAAUUUCAUAGACCAUGAAAUUAGUAACAGUCUUACCAUUUUCUGAAAUUAGAGUGAUUAUCAUUUGUUCUGCCUAUGAUUUUUCUUUUGUGAUAGAUUCCUUCAAGUCCUCUUUUACCGUCAUAUAAACUUCCUGAGAGAAUAGAGAUGCUAUACAAAGGUAGGUUGAUUUUAACACUGUUUACGGUGGCGUGAAUUUGAUAAAAAAUAUAAUUCUGUGAGCUAAUAUGAGUUUGUAAAUGGGGUUAACCGACUAGCGUCAAAGGGCGAAAAAUAUAACUGACUACCGACAAAGCGAGAAAAAAAUUACCGACUACCAACAGAGAAAAUAAUAUAUUAACCGACUACCGACACGGACCGACAUUAUUGAUAUUUGUUUUCACAAAAGAGAGCAUUUUGUAUUUUUUUCUAGCCGUUAGGAAGUAAACUCUUUAAAUUUAUGACUCAUCAGAUGGUCCAAGGGAAAGAAUUUCCUCUUUUGUUGACACAGGUACAUUGCUACAACCAAUAUCAAAAUCACAGAAGUCACACCUUAAAGCUACUACCGACUCUAUAAGUUUAAAUUUUAUUGAAAAGACAAAGGUGUAAAAACCGAACGUUCUUGUUUCGGUCCAAGAAAUGCUUAGACUAAUCCUCAAAGAAAAUUGUUUCCAGUUUAAUGGAAAGCACUAUCGGUACAAACCCAUGGUACCUCGAUGAGCACAAAGACACCUUCAGUGUUCUUUCCCAACAAACUCCUCUGAAGCAACGUUUUUAAGUAUUUUAGAUUUCAAAAAGCGCUUGAUAGACAGAGGUUAGCCAUACAAAAUUGCUAUCAGCGGUAAAACCCACACUGAAAAGAACGUCUGCGGAAGGAUGAGUUCAAAAUGACCCGAGUCAGAAAACAAAACAAAACAAGGGAAAGGGAAAGUCAAGGGAAAUUGUUUUUGAAAAAAGUCAAAAAAAAAAAAAAAAUUAAACGAGUUUAUAGGAACACUCUGUCUUUUAAUUGGUGCAAAAGGUAUGUAGUGACUAAAAGGUCUUAUUGAACUUGGAAGAAAUCAUUCAGUAGUCAGUGGGCGAAAAAAAUCAGGGACUCUUAUUAUUGCCAUUCUUGGGGAGGAGAAGUGGAGAUUUGAUCAAAAUUUCCCCUUUCAGAUGCGGACCUCAUGCCGAGAAAAAAACACCUGCCGGGAGGAGUCGUCAUUAAACUUUCAAUGACUUUCCCCAAAUCCACUCCCACCCGAACUGUUUGAUAAAGACAAAAACACAGUUAAUGUAAAAUUAAUUAUACGUCAACUGAACAAACGAGAAUGCUUCUCGUUUUGGCAUAAAUGUCAAAAAAGUUUACCAUCAAUACGGACGUAAUACUAACAAUCAAUACAAAAAACAAAGUUUACUUUCCCUUCAUUUUCCAUUAUAUUAUAGGGUCUUUAGUAUCACAUGUAUUGUUCCAUACAUGUAUAGAUGUAUGGUCUUAUACAAUUCUUUUGAGCCACUACCGGAAAGAAUUUUUGAGUAUAAAACUAAUUACACAAGUCAAUGAUUAUACAGCUAUAUAUUAUACAACAUCUAUUUUGCGUAUUUCUUUUAGUUAGUAGCGUUAAUAUGUUUUGCAUUAAAAAGAACUACCUAUCUUUGAAGAAACCGUUUUUUUCAUGACUGUUUUGGAUGCGUAAUUAGUAUGUUAGUAGUGUUUUUUCAUGAAAAAGGACAAAACGAAACAAUAUGGGAUUUAAGAACAAGAUUACACAAUAUAAAAAAAAAACAAAAAUAUUUUUAAUAUUAAUUUACAUGUUAUGUGAAAAUCCUGAAGUUCGGCUUACUCUUGACAAAUCAUUUUUCUCCCUCUGUAUUUAUUUUUGAACGAAAAAUAGAACAUCCUUUAUUGUCUUCAUGUGGGUUGUUAAUUUCUUUUUACGAAAAUCUCUGAAUCGGUAAAGUCAGAUUGAGUCCAGCUGCCUGUUGUUGUUCUUUGUCAGUGUAUGUCAGUCUGAAUGAUCAAAUGAGCCAUACUGGCUAGACAACAAUGGAGUUCUUUCGUUGGGUGAUUUUCUUCUAUGUUGCCUUCGUUUAUUUCUUGCACUCGCAUCACCAUCACUGUUACCGUGUUUAGUUUUAAUUGUAAUUUCCCCUCCUCCAUUUCCAAUAUUGGACUUUCGUUGUUGUGUACAUGUACUGGAGAGAUAUUCUUUUACAACAGAUGCAACCCUCUUGUCGAAAUCAUCUUCGUUUGCUUUUUUCACCUCUGGGUUUUCACCGAAUAACAUCUCACUAAUCUUGGGAAGAAGCAUUGUGAAGAGAGUUCCUAGGGCUUUUGUUUCGUCAUCAACUCUCGAUUCUUCUGUUAUGACAACGGUGACAAAGAAGAUGAAGAUUAGGAUGACAAAAAAAGCAAUCGCGAGUUCACUUCUGCUUUCUUGAAUAGGCAUGAGUUUUGAGCAUGCAUCAUCAUAGAGAUCCUUUGGAAUCAUUCUGAGGCAGUCUUGCGUAUAACAAACCGGUUUGUUUUUAGAACUUGCAAGCUUUCCUCUGCAACCUUGUUUUUCCUUUUCUGUAGUGUAAUGAUCGUACAGUUUAAAUGCAAGAACAUGGUACUUUCUGGGGUACGGAGCGUAAACCUUCCAUAGGUAAUAAAUAGUAACGAGCCCCAAACUGGCAAAAGGAAGGUAGUUUGGCAAAUGCAUCAAACAUCCUCUGAUAAUUGUCACCAAAUAGCUUGCAAUAGCGAGAGCAAAAUAUAAGUACCCAAGCAUGAUAAAGGUCAUUUCUAAUUCUCCAAAGUCACUUUGGAUCGUAACCACAGAAACGCAGGUCAAAAAAGGAGAGGAAUAAAGAAAAAGCAAUGUAACGUAUAGAAGGUAGAUCGGAAACCAUAGUGGGAGUAGCAAAAGGACCAAUAGCCACUUGACAAAUGAACGUGGACAAAGGUGUGCAGCCAAUGUGACGACCUGAGUGAGGCAUCUCUUAACAAUAAAUGGUUGUAUGAGCAGAUGCAUCUUCAUUUCUUUUAGGCCGUAAUAUUCAGGGUGCUUCUUAUCAUGAAAAAUGUCUUCUUUUCCUCCAUAGACACGACAUAUGACGCAGGAUUUUUUUUUAAAAAUAGAAACAGAAAGAAUCCUCGCAAAAAGCAAUAUAAAAAUCAAAAUUACCGAAACCGAUACCACCACAGCGCGUAAACUUCCGGUAUCGAUCUCAUUCAGCAAACUGGGAAGCGGAAGAUACACGUCUAUGACAAUUCCUUCAAAUAUCAAAAACCCAACAGAGGAUAAGAAAAAUAAGAAAACAAAUAGAAAUCUCUUCCAUUUCUUCCAGUCAUGAAAUGAACUUAGUUUAUUAGGUAUCCAACUGCUAAUGCUUUCUGGGCUGCUUCCACGAAGAAUAAGUAUGUCGCGUCUGGUUUCUUUAUCUUUAAAUUCUGUGGGAGUGAACAAAUAUAAACAAAGGACGAAAACGGAGUACCAUAUCGAUAGAAUAAAAAUAACUACAAUUAUAAUUCUGAAAACCUGUUUCCGCCACGUAACGGGGCUAACGUUAUGAGCUAUAUCUGUCACUGUGGUUUGAUUUACGCAAACGUAGGAGCCAUUCUUAACUGAGAGCUUGUAACAAAAGGCUGUUUGAGAAUGCGGAAACUCUACACAUUUCGCAACUUCUUUCAUCAACACCAUCGCAAUCGCAUCAUUCACAGAAGGCUUUGUAUCAUUUGAGUCAGGUGCUGGUUUAAGGCAGCACGAAACACCCACCUCCACUUGUCCCUCCAGCGAUUUUCGAAACCAGCUGUUACUCUCGCUAACGUUGAAGGAAUACUGUGUUACGUUUUGCCCGCCGUGACUUGGAAUUUCGCCAGUGAGCCACGUCCAAAUUUCUGCGGGUUUGAUGGUGGAGUUCUGUAGAUUUCUUUGGUUUAAGCACUUUUUGUCCUCUUGAUGCUCGUAAUUCAGCUGUACUGUAAUAAGCCUGAAUUCAGAAAUAAGCGUCUUCAUUUCUAAUCCAAACUUUGAAUCGACAACCUUGCAAUCCCACACGCAGCUCUUCUCUGCAUGUCUCGCUACGUUUGCUUUUGAUCGUAACGAAACGCUCGUUUCGGCGGCUACGAUAAGAAGAACUACUGCAACUAAGCAGGCAGUAAGACGUAUGAAAAAAGUAAAUGCCAUACUUCUGGUACAUUUGGUUCGUAAGAUAUUUAUAGCGAAAUGCCAACUGACUGUACUUCACGUGGCUUCAUACGCAGUGGUCAGUGUUUUAUAGGAUCUCAUGAAUAAUCAGGGGCACCCAGCGACAAUUUUCGGGAAAAUAUCUGUUCGGAAGACGAUUUGAGAUCUAGAAUUUUCGGAGCAUUUUCUGUAAAAUUUCUUGCUUGCCUGCUUCUCCUAGGAUUUUCGAACAUCUACAAAAUGGUAUAAUUACCCAUUUUUAACGGAUUUUGACCCUAAAAAAGGCCACCUAGAAUUUUCGGGAGCCUUUUCGUGGCUGAAAUUUUCGAGAAGGUAAGUUUUUAUCCCUAUAAAUUUCGGAUCACUAGACUUUCAGCUAGGAAAUCCGAACAGAUGAAAAGUUUUUGGGAGAUGAAAAUAUGCGGUUUUGAACUAUAUCCUCGUUGGGUGCCCCUGAAUAAUAUUAAUAACUCCGGCAGUAGGCAUUCAAUGAUUUACAUAUGCGGUCCGAGCUGUUUAAUCUACCAUGUCAGUGGCACAUUAAGCAAGAGAUUCACAUUGUUGUGUAGAGUCUAUGUUUAUGCUUCUCCCUGAGACCUUGGCUGUUGACGGGCUCAUACUGUGUAGAUCGAACAAAACUGAACUUCUGACGUAAAAGCUUUUUUUUUUCUCAGAAAAUCCUAGCAAAAGGAACUUUAACGCUCAAUGUCAGUUACUCGCAAGCGCUGUGAAAGCUGUCAAAGGUACUGACUUCCUAGCUAAUGACGAACAAAGUCACCUAAUUUACACUCCAAGCGCGGCGUCUGUUAUGGUCUUUUGUAGACCAACUCAUACCUAACCAAAGUAUUACACAAAAACUGGAAAAUGCAGCCUGCAACAAGAGUGCCAAAGAAUGGGUUUGACGCUACGUUUUCUCUUCAAUCUGAACUAAGAUAUAGACUUAUCCGCCGAAAUGAAUCAGCCUAGCAUAUCCGUUUCACCAAAAGAAACUGCUAUUUUUAGGUUUGACUGAAUGGGUUCAGACAUAACCGUUUGACAAUGAUCAUGCGAGUUCUUGUUAUACCUGUUUGGCUUAAAAGGGACAGAAUCACCAAGGUCAUGUUAAGUCUAAUAUAAAGCAACGAGAUAGUACAGUCAUGUGCAAACUGCAUAUUUUCCUUUAAAAAAAGGAGAACUAUUUUCUUUCAAUAACCAAGUUUCACGUCAAAAUAUGCCGGUUUGAUACACUUGAUAAGACCUGUUAUUAAUUGGCUGUAGUUCAUUGUGACUUAGAGCUUUUGUAUGCUAUGAGAUUUUUUAAGAUACUCAGAUCGCAUCGCCUAUCCCAUCAUGACGAGGGAAGACUCUGUAAAAUUAAUACUGAUUGUGCAAUCUCGAGUCUCAACAUCUUGGUGAUGACAUAAGAACAUCUACAUCUACUUUAUUACUCUUCAACGUUUUACAUGCACAUCAAGAAUAGUUGAGAAAUAAAAAUUAAAAUAUAGAUAAAAAAUUAAAAUAAAAUAUAUAAUUAAGAAAUUGCUAUACUAAAACUUGGAAUAAUUUUGCUCUGCAAAAUGCUGAAUAAUUAAAUGCUCUGGUUUCAGAAACAAGUACUAGUCACAACUAGUAGUCAACUUCAGUCCACCCACUGUCCAAGCUUAGGCCAUCAACAAUAUGAUAGUGGUUGGUGACUUGUCUGCCUAAACUAACAUUUUCAUCUUUCAUGAUAUGUCGUUUUAUAGGUUUAUAAGUUUCUAUGCUUUUUUUAAUUUCAAUUAUCAUUUAGACAGGCAGGGUUCACCUUGGAGUUUUGUUGCAAGCCUCACCUACUGUUUUGCAGGUACGUCCAAUUCAGAGUGUUUUGUGUUCUUGAUUGCUCAAAAAACACUAAAAUCAUAUUAUAGAGUGAACGUUAUCGGGAUGGGUAGGGCAAAGCCGUAAUACUAUUAUACCCCACCCUUAUUCCCUCCCCACUCCCUUAAUAUUCACCAAAAUGGUAAUUUUUAUUAGGCGCACUUUCCCGCCACUCAUUUAGUUGAACCUCACGGCUGCAUUGUAUCAAUAUAGCCGACAUAGUAUUUUAGGAGUGCUUUUGUAUACAUCGUCUCCCAGCUCUUUCAGGUCUCAUAAAAUUUGUCCAAACUGUAACGUAAACGAGCCCUUCUCUAACUGACCUGGGGAACCUGUUUGUCCUCAAAGACUCAAAAAGUCUACCAGAGCGAAAUAAAUCUUCAAUCGUUUUUCCACUUCUUAAGCUACACGUUUUUAAAAUCUAAACCUAUUUGAGUAUAUGAACCACUGUCCGGUUUUACGUGGAUGGAACAACUGGUGGUAUCAUGCAAGAUCAUAAUGGGGUAUUUAACAGGCUUAUAUCUUCUGCUGCAGGCUUUGUAACACCUCCCGGUACAUUCUUUCAUUUGAAAAUGUUGAUGUUGAUGUGCAUUUUGCUGCUUCACUGUUCUGAUAAGUCUGAAGAAUCUAAACAAGUCUAUCGCGAAAACCUUCACUUGCUUGUUAUUGCUGAUGACCUUCUGAGACUUCAACGGCUCUUGUUAUAUGGAGCGUCAUUUGCUAAGAGAAUGAUUGUUCACUCUCCAAUCAGCGAAUUAUUUGCUUCAUGUUCUCGGGAUCCUUUUGGCUCUGGAGCGUGUAUGGUAAAUGGUAAGGAGGUCUAUUACAAAACGCGAUCCCAACUUCCUUCUUCGAAAUCAAGCAAAGAAAAAAGAGAUUUAAAAAAAAAAACAGACAUUAGUCGUUUACAACGGAUUACAUUCUUCCGGCUGCUCUAGCAAUAUUGGUGACCGUAUCGUAAAAUGCAGCUCUCUUCGUAAGGGGUUUAGGAGGGUUUGUAAACGGAAGGGCUUAUAUCCGAGGGGGCUUAUAAGCGGAAUAGAAAAAGCGUAUUGAAACAGUGAAGUUAUAGCAGGGUUUUUUAAUAUACCUUUUGCAGUUACUAGUUUUAAUUAAGCUUCAAAACCCCAUAAUAAAUCGAAUUGUCUUUUGAGAUGGGGUGGGGGGGAGGGAGCUUCUGAUGAUUGGAGCUAGAGGGGAUUAUAAUAAGAUGUAUUGUUUUGUUUACAGACCGGAUAGAUAGGCUUAUAACUAUGAAGGGCUAGUGGCGGAGGGGAGGGACUUAUAAUAUACAUUCUCAGAAGGUUUUAGAGAGCAUAUAGUUAUUUACUUCGGGCCAAACCAAGCAGAUUUUUACUUCUGUUACAGCUGGAUACCUUUCGUUAGCUGCAAGUGGAAUAUGUGUCAUCCCUAAUGUUGCUGUCCUAAAAAAGGAACGAAAAGACAGCCUUCAAAAUGGUAAUUAUAGCACUGAAACAUUCGACAUUCUUGACUGAUAUCAACAGGACUGGGAAAUUUUUGUUGAGAACACGAAACAGGCGUUCAUGAAACUUGGGUUCAUCUGAGCUACGUUCUCGCUACCAUUACCAAACUGAAAAUGAAAGAAGUUUGUCUAGAAUAUAUCUGCUUGAGAUUUUAAGAAAGAGUAUACACACUACCCUGAAGGUGACUUUAUUAGAGGAAAAUGUUUGUUUGAUUUUUUAGUUUCUUAAAACCCUUUCAGCUUUUUAAAAUGGCAAAUGAAAAUAUAGCUCUCAUCCCAUAUUUUUUCGUCUUCAAAUAACCUCGCCUAUUGAUUGCAGUUGUAUUAUUUCUCGUUAUUUUUUUUUUACGAUUCUUUCCUGGCCAUAGACUUUAAGCCCUAGAAAACGUGGGUUGACUGAAUGUAAUUUUAAUGUUGAAUAUGAUUAUUUUAAAGCUUUAGAAAAUGCGUCCAUUACAGUCAAGGUGCCAGAGAGGUAUUGGGCACAGCAAGGCCAACAGCUCUCUUUACCAUUGUCAUGUAGUCUAUGGGCUUGCUCUGAACCAACAGAGAGAAACCCUCAAAAAAGAAUGCUUGAUCCUGUGUUUGAGCUUCCCAACAAUAUGAAGGUAUGUUUUACUCUAUAAGUAUCCGGCUUGCAGUUCUUUCCUCUAGCAGGGCCCACCAUAAAUAAGGGUGUCCUUUGUAAUACACUUACAUUUCGGUAAUCGCACGCACUUUCUCGGUAAUGCAGGUUUCACAGCAAAACAGUUUAUCCAUACAAUUAUGUAUGGAUAGUGAAAUGCUUCACCCAGUUUUGUACGUAAACUCGGUCACUGUAGAGGGCUGUAUCAAUGUACCGAUAGGUCUUCCCUGUGACUAAUGUGCUAUUUGCCAUUGGACUGUUACUAAAGCAGGACUUCCAUCAAAAAUGGCAUUUUUCGUUUUCGUUCCAGGACUGUCCAACAUUACCACGAGCCCUGAUCGAGUAAGUAGUGGUUUGUUCGUUUGGUGGUUUGUAGGAUAAAAUUACCAGGAAUCCAAAACAAAUUAAAAAUCUUAGUUCCUCAUCCAAAUAUGCAAAUAGUUUACUAUCUCCGUCUUAGCUGUGUUGUUGGAACUGAGUGAUGAUAUCACAGAUGCGAUUAAUACCACUUUUUCAAACAUUUCUACUCCAUUGAAUACGAACUGGUCAUAACUGCCAUAAGCCCUGUUGUUAUUCAUUCAAACUAUUUCUCCGUUUCUGAUUGGCUAAAAUCCCACCCAUAAUUCAUCAAAACCAGCUCCUGUUGACCAAAUUUGGCAGAAUUUUGCGAUAUGUGGAAACUGACGUCAAUUGGGCAGCGAUUGAUACUCGCGAUUUUGUAUCACUUGCUGUUAGGUGACCAAAUACACGUUAAACAUGUGACAACUUUGAAGACAGUAAAAUUUUUCCUUUCGAGACUUUCUUCGUCCUCCUUUCCGUACAUAUUGGAAGUUAAUUAAGAAAAUGUCAAUUUUGUAUGUAAGGUAUAGAAUUCCCUAAGCGUUUCAAAUCUUAAUCACCAAAUUGCAACCUGUUCUCCUUUCAAUAAAUUUCGACAGCCAGUUUUCCGUUGUAUUCAACUUGAGUGGUGUUCACGACCAUACAGACAACUCUGAGGAGUGUGUAAGUGAAGAGGUCUUGAAGAAAGCGACGGAGUGCAUGGAAGAGAAAACUAUGUUUUAUCUUAGUGACGACGAAUUCAGCCAGGUAUGGGGAACAUAUAUGGCCGCGGGAGCUAUACAAUAAGCGGUAUUCAUUCUUUCACGAUAUACCGGCAGUUUUCUAGACGGAUGUUACUAAGGAACGAGGAGCGGGGAAAGCACGGGGUAGGAACAGAAAAUUGAAAAAUAGGGAGCAAAGCAGAGAAUUGGAAAUUAUUGACGAAGUUACUGAUAUGGCUAGCAUUCAAGUCAGGUUUUGUUCCUAGUUUUCAUUUUCCAGUUUUCGUGCUCAUUCCCCGUUCCCCACUCCCCGUUUCCCGUUCAUCAUUUUAGCAACAUCCGUUUUCUGGACUUUGCAAAUAGCACCACUGCAUUGCGAAACCUUAACUUGAAUCAGCAUCGUUAACUGAGCCAACUCACUGUUUUAGUUGUCCAUAACUUAUUUCUGUAGUUUCUGCACUACGCUGCUAAUCAAAAUGUUGAGCUGACCGUGGCCGCACAAGAUCUUAUUCAAGGUUAUUACAUGGCGAGCAGACGAACAAGAAACUCUCAUACAAUUGGAGGACCUGAUUUUCCUGUUACUACACUACAAACACUGUAAGUGUGUUUGUCUUAUAUGUGUGUGAAUUAAUUAAGUAAAUAACCUUUUCCUCUUGGCAAACUGAUUUUAUGCUUUUCGUUAAGAUAUUUCUACAAUUCAUAAGUUAUAAAUUUAUACAUUUAAGUUCGAUUAGAGCUAGGGACAUUUUUUUCUGUCUCAUAUGUGAUAAAAAGUUGUUGGUAUUAUUAUAUACUGCGCUGGUCAAAAGAAUAAUGUUUCCUUUAUUGAAUAUUUUGCUUUCUUUAUGCAUCGUGAUAUAACAAAAAAUAAAAUUAGGUCAAGGAUAAAAUUUAAAAACGACAUGUAAAAAUAACUGGCUUCAUUCAACUCAUUUUAUUGUUUCACACAAGUCCGUUCUUUCUGUCGUCAAUUCAUCAUACCACUGAUUACUACAUUCACCUUUCCCAGAAGUUUUAUUUGUUUAGUCUUUUUAGUGACCUAUGCCCUAAAUCCUAUAGUACUAUAAACCCAGACGUUACAAUAUAGAAAACAAAUGGCGAAAAACAGUUUCAUUGGCUACACGCGGUUAUCGAUCUUUAUUUACUUCCUAGAACAAGUUUGGCUACAGCUCAUGCAAAGUUAGCCCUCCAUUCAGAGGUACGUGUCACAAUUCCUGUUUUAUCAGUCCGUUAAAUUUAAUUCUUCUUACCUUUUAUAUCGUCCAAAAUAAUGGAAAUUCUAGAAGUGCGCGUUCGGGUGUUUAUAACAAUGACAGAACUCGAUAGACCAUUUAUAAUAGACAUUUUAAUGUGUUUUAAUAUUUAUCAGAGUUUAAUGUUUUAAAGCCUCACCACAGAUGUGAUCAUGGCCAAAUGAUUGGCUGGGUAAUACUUGCGCUGGGGGUCAAUAAAGCCCUUGCAGUUUAUAUUUUAUCACCCGCGCUCGACGGGCUUUGAAGGGAAAAUAGAGGUUCUGUGAACAGGCUACCUUGAGUCAUAACAUUUUGUCGGUUUCAUAUAGACUACGAGUAGUCCCCCAUUUUUCCUCAGGGAUAGUAGAGCGAGCAAAACGCGAGCGCGCGUGAAAAUCAACCCACGCGAGAAACGUGGGUUGAUUUUCACGCGCGCUCGCGUUUCGCUCGCUCUACUAUUCCUGAGGAAAAAUUGGGGACUACUCGUAGUCUAGUUUCAUAAGCUGAUAGUGGUUUUCAAAAAUGAUUUGCAUUAGAGUCAGUAUUUGGUUCAGUCAUCAAUAUUUUAUUGUAAAAGAUACUUCAACAAUCUGAACAUUGGCAAACUGAAUUUGCCUUAAAUCACUGCUGUUUUAAAGCUAAAUAUUUUGAAAACUGGGAAGUAACCUUUCAAAACAGCUGCAUAUUUUCAGGAGUCAAAUCAUUUUCUCAAAUUUCGUCCGGUGAGCUUCUACAGGCAUUUGAACCAAUUCCCACUAGGCACCCCUCUGAUGAGAAACGUCUCAAUGCCUAUAACUUCCUUUUUGAAACCCCAGAUCGAUAUGUCGGCCUCAAAUUAAAAUUGCUCAUAAAGGAAAUUUAGGAGAGAAUUCCAAAAAGAGACAUUACACUAGAGACACUCUCAGAAACAACGUUUAAAUCCACCUCUGUUACAAGUUUGAUGCGUCAAUUUGCAUUUUGUGCUUCUACAUUUAUUUUUAAGGUUUGCAGCUGUUUUGUAAUCUGCGAGGGAUAAAUUGUAAUUCCGCCUGCUGUAACAAAAAAUUGUUUACGGAGGCGAACACUAUAGGACAACUAGUUGAAUAGUCGCAAGCGUCCACUUACAAAAGUUCAAGGAGCGGUUAUUUUAAAUUGAUUACCAAAUACAACUGAUUCAUGGUUGAUUUCGCUUUCCGUUAUUAUGUUGCUCACUAUAAAGUUGAAGCAAUCUUUUAAAAGAAGAAAACAAAAUCAUUUGAUUUUCCCUCUCGCUUGCUACACGUAAUUCAUGUAGUUUUUGAUUGGCUUAUUUAGCAAUCUGCUUUGCUGGUAUUGGCUGAAAAUAUUUUGGUUUUGGUUGACGAUACUCCUGCCUUUAUGUCUAUGACCUCAAAAGCGAUCGACUUUCCUAUUAAGAGAGCAAACUUAUUACACUUAUAUGUUAUCUGACUCUAUUUCUCUCUGUUCACGGCUUCUAGAAAUAUCGAGUACCCAGAAUUAUAACAAAAAAGAACUUAUAACGCAAAAAAGUAACGACGCGUGAGAAAAAACCGUCUGUUGGGACACAGGAUUGCUACACGAAACAAAGUAAUUCAUUACCAUCCUUAACUUCUACCAUUGUAUUCCAGUAAACAGUUAAAUUCUAUUUUGAAUCGGAUUUUAAUUUUAGCAACACUUGUCAGUAAAUAGUUUAACUCUUGAAUAUUUAAGAUACAGAAACAAGAGCGUCCAUCGAAGUUUGCGUUCGUAUUUUAGGAACUGCAAAACUGAAGAUUUUGUAACUAUGUCAGUUUAUUUUCUUUACCAGAUAGAAAUUUCAAUUUAAAACGUUUAUGAUACGUUAUUUGUAGUUGUUUUUUAUUACUGUUCACUUUUCAUGUUAUUAACAAGGAAUUAAAUUUCUUUACUUCGGCAUUAUAAAAUGAUCGUCGGACAUUGUUCGAAAACACGUAAUAUAAAAUUUCCAUUGUUAAAAUGAACAUUUUACAUUACAGUCACCUGUUUUUGUGCCAAUUAUAGUGGGAGUUUCGCACGACCUAAUGUUUAUAUCUCAAAACAAAUUCCUUGCAGUUAAACAACAUCUUGUCAGGUCGCAUUCACCGAUCCACUGAGCAUCGUUAGAAGGCCUCAUGAAGGAAAUAACUAUUCGUAAAGCAGUUGCAGCCGAUUUGGAGGCCAUAUUAGAAAUAUCGGAAGGUAUUUACAACGGACACGAUUACUUUCCCUGUGUUUUCCUCCAGUGGCUCACAAAACCGAACCGCACAAUUUUUGUGGCUCAGUAUGGGGACCAGCUCAUUGGGCUGAGGGCGAUACAUAUUGUAGAUGAGGGGAAAACGUUCAUCAGCCAAGGUUUGCGGAUCCAUCCCAGAUUUCGAGGCUUGGGAUUAAGUUCACGAUUGAUCGAAGCCAUUCACGGUUACAUUCGAAGCGAAUAUCCGAAUGUCUAUCGAGAACGCUUCACCACAAAAUCCGACAACAUCGAGCGACUUGCCAUCCAAAAGAAGUAUGGCGACAUUGGCUUAUUCGAGAGAGACAUUUUGGCCUACUACAUCACUAAAGAAACACUGAAGCAAAAGACCCUAGAAGAAGAAUCCCAGAAUCUUGGCGUUCAGGUCAAACCCUGCACGGAAAGCUUUCUUUACAUUACAUUUUAG